UGCUUCACAAUUUCUCAGCAGUAUUCCUGCUAUGGUGACUUGACUGUGCUCCGUACUUUAGCUUUUCAACCUCACGCCAAUCACUGCAGUGGAUGCACAAGGAAUUGAAAGUCACUUGGAUUCAAUGCCCGAAGGCAUUCAAACUGUGGAUAACCUUUUGCGGUUCUUUGAUUAUUGCAAACAGUACCAAAAAGAAGUUCGGAAGAAUAGGACCGCACUUGUGGAGUACUGGAAAUUCAUGAACGGUGCAGUGAUGAAGGAGGUGCUUGACGAAGUCGUGUCAAAACAUCGUUUGCCGAAAUCAGACUUUUCACCAGCGGAUGUAAAUGUUAUGUUUCUCACAUGCGGUUAUGAAGUUGCUGCGCUUUCCAACGAUCAGUCGCCAUGGUGCGGUUUCCUGCGCGCACACCACCAGCUUGUUAUGGAAUAUCUUUUGGAUCUAAAG